AAGCCAACAGCCACACCUCCAGCCUUACCUCAGUCACCUUCUGCUUCCAUGCACCUCACACCACUCCUCCCCUCUCUCCUAUACAUGUCUUCUCCAACCCGCCUCCACCACUGACUGACUCAGCAAAUACCGGCUGAGCGUGGUCAAUGGCGACGAGUGUGGUCAACGCUCUGCACGGGCCUGCGCUGCUUAUCACAGGCGUCGCUGGGGCCGCCGCCUUCACGUGGCUUAUAAGCAGGCUGCCCAUGUUCCAGCGCAUCACGGACGCUGCCUCAACAGACCCGGGACUCCUCAGGGCCAGGAGCAAGUUCGAGAGAUACGAAACUCCAUCUGGCCAUGUCUAUCCUCGGAUUAGGACCUUCUACAACCAGCACACGAACGCGGAGAAGCUACCUGCUGACUUACCAUUGAUUGUCCUUCAGCAUGGUCUUGGGGGCUCUGUUGCGCAGUUUGCUCCAUUGCUCAAUUCUCUCACUCAAAUUGCGCCAUGCCUUGCCAUCGACCUUCCUGGGUGCGGCUUGUCCGACUUCAGGCCAGAUGAGAUCGAAGCCUAUACUACCACUGCUUUUGCCGAGCUUCUUUACGUCGCCAUAGACCGCUAUCGCAACAAGGAGACGAAUCAGAAAGUGAUUUUGAUUGGACACAGCAUGGGCUGCUCCAUCACCGCCUUACUUGCCUCGUCGAGCUCGCCUUUGCACCAUCUCUGCUCCGAUGUAAUAAUUUCACUGGUUGCCAUAUGUCCGCGCUCCCGGACAAUGUCUGAGCAUGAACUGCGUGGGAUUGCGCGAUUGGGCUACCUGCCAUCCGUAGUAUUCGAUUUAAUGCGCAUGUAUGAUCGAAUCGGUGGCCAAGAGAGUGCAAGUGUCCUACGUGUGAUUGGCAAGGGCGCCGAUACCGAGACGAAGAAACUACAGCUGCGCUUCAACCAGCAGUCAAAGUCGGCUGUUUUUCAGAGGUACAUCGCAGCUGCGGCAAUGCAAGAGACUACAGCUACACAGGACGGAGAAGACAGCAUCUUGGGCAAAAGGACCUGGGCUGCAAUCAAAGUGCCUCUCAUGUUGGUGGCGGCAGAAGAUGAUAAGUUGGCGCCAGUGGAGGAGGCUGUACGGAUUAAGAAAUGGCUCAAGCCUGAUCGACAUGAUUCUGUGGCUACAGACCCUGCUUCUGGUGUUAUCGAGGCAGCUGAGCCCCAACGGGAUGACUUGGAAAUUCCAUCUUUACUAGCGAAAGCGAGCGAUGUCAGCGUGGCAACAGAGCCUACCACACAAACCGAAACGAGUCACAUAUCCCACACACCUAGCCACGCCUCCGCUGCAGAGAUACAGCAGGAAGAAACGACCACCGUACAUGGAAGCUAUCUGAAAACCACAAUUUUUCCGUCUCCGACAUCUCACGGACUGCUUUAUUCCAAUAGCGAUGUGCGCAUUCUGUCUCGGCGAAUCGAGACCUUCCUCGCUACCUAUGCGGACGCUCGGGUCGCCCCCGGGUGGCAGCUUCGGCACAUGACAACCAGUGGAAAAUGGGACGUCAAGAAUCUCAAGAAGUGGCAAGCCGUUGCACCCUGCUCAGAACCGAUUGGUGGUGUUUUUCGAGCUAUGAAGACCAUGCGUGAGAUCGAUGAGGUGCACAGUCCUCCUGAAUUCGCGAAAAAGUACGGCUGGAAAGUCAUACCCGAUGGAGUGGCGGCGGUCGUCGAUAUCAGUCUCGAUGUGCCAGUGUAUGACAAGAAGGGGCUCGAGGCUGCUGGCAUUGAGUAUUACAAGCUGCCAAUUGUGAGCAAGCAGCCACCCAGUGCUGAUGAAGUGGAGCAAUUUAUCGCGCUGAUUGAUUCAUUGCGAGAAUCGAUCAAGCUCAAAUCUUCUAGUGGAGAUGAAAUACACCCCACCAUCGGCGUACAUUGUCACUACGGUUUCAACCGGACUGGCGCGAAUAUUGUUUGCUACCUUGUAGAGCGUCUCAAUUGGAAACUACAGGAUGCCUUGGAUGAAUUUGCGCAAAAGAGACCUCCGGGCAUUAAACACGACUAUUUUGUAAAUGAGCUAUAUGUUCGAUAUCUGGGGAGGAAGGAGCGAUAACGUCCUUACCUACCUAUAUCAGGCGUGUUGCGACGAUUCUCACCGUGCACCCCGGGUCUCGAGAGUAAGAUAGGUGGCAGCAGCAGUAAGGACCUGGAAACCGAAAAAAAUGGCAUCAUCUUAUGCAGACUUUUGACGAACAGCUAUAGCGCUGAGUGUAAAGGAUAGCUAGUAUAGCCCAUAGAGGUGAUAUCAGAGCUAGUGUAAUGUAGCCUAGAAUUGAUUCGA